CUAGAGAACAAUGAUAUUUGGACCUCGUACUCGAACACGAAGCAUCACGACAGCUUACACUUAGGAGAUUCGGCCUGCCAGUCUCCCCCACGCUCCUUACCUUCUCUUCGAAUUCAGGUCCAUCUACGAAUAAUCCAGGGAAUUUCCUACGUCCACUUUCCCAGCUUCAACAGACUAGAUGUCCCCGCGAUGAGCCUCUUCUCCUACAUGAGGAGCAUUUAUGCUCUAGAUACGAUCGAUACUCGAUUCACGAGCUCCUCCGCCACACCGUACCAGACUGUCGUAGAUGCACGGUCGGAUCCGUCUUCGAAAAUAAAACGAGAUGACUCUGUGCCUGGAGUAGGAGUGAGGACAGAUCAUAGCGGCAGACCUAUUGCCCAACCCUCGAAAUGGAACACCCCAGAAUUCUACUUCUACUAUUUUGUAUUUCUAACAGUUGUACCGUAUAUGUUCUGGGUGGCAUUCGAUGUGUCUCGGCCAUCUCACCCUAAUUACCACAAGUUCGAGCCGUAUUUAAGCAAAGGCUGGAUUCCUGGGCGAAAAAUCGAUAUUUCUGACGCCCAAUAUUACUCGUUUCGCAAAAAUGUACCAUAUCUUGCCAUACUCCUGGCAUUCCACCCUCUCCUCCGAAAAGUAUACAAUGCUGUCCGGCCACUACCAGCGCGAAGCGGCUCUCCCAGACCAAAUGGUGCUCCUUCAUAUAUGUCGGUCGCAGACGGAGAGGCUCGCAAAGAGCAACGAGCGUCGUUCGAUUUCGGAUUUGCAAUUCUUUUUCUGGCGGCCAUACAUGGAUUCUCAGGCUUGAAAGUCAUGGCUAUUCUGUACGCCAAUUAUUCUCUUGCUACCGGCCUGCCCAGAAAAUAUGUUCCAGCUGCAACCUGGAUCUUUAAUAUUGGCAUUCUCUUUGCGAACGAGUUGUCAGACGGAUACAAAUUCUCGGGCAUGGCAGCAUAUUUCUCGCCUCUGGAUGCGACAGGACAGGGGAAUUCUCUCAACAACUGGGGAGUGUGGCUUGAUAACCACAGUGGGAUCAUUCCAAGAUGGGAGAUUCUGUUCAACCUGACGGUCUUACGAUUGAUUAGUUUCAACCUUGAUUACUAUUGGAGCCAAGACCGAAGAGGUGGAAGUCCAAUUGAGAAGAAACAACUCGACCCCGCCAAUCUCCCCGAACGAGACCGCAUCAGAACCCCCGCCAACGCCAAGGACUUCUCCUUCCGGAACUACGUCGCCUAUGCCAUCUAUGCCCCUCUCUACCUCACCGGCCCAAUCAUAACAUUCAACGACUUCAUCUCCCAGCUCAAAUACCCACCAGCAAGCAUCGAAACCGCCCGAACAAUCAAAUACGGCAUCCGUUUCCUUCUCUGCCUCCUGGCCAUGGAAGUCCUACUACACUACGACUACUGCGUCGCCAUUUCCAAAGGCAACCCCGUCUGGUCAGACUACACGCCCGCUCAGCUCUCCCUACUUUCAUAUUUCAACCUCCACGUCCUCUGGCUCAAACUCCUCCUCCCAUGGCGGUUCUUCCGCCUCUGGUCGCUAAUGGACGGCAUCGACCCCCCAGAGAACAUGCUCCGCUGCCUAUCCGACAACCCCUCCACCGUCGCCUUCUGGCGCGGCUGGCACAGGAGCUACAACCGCUGGAUCGUGCGCUACAUAUACGUACCCAUGGGUGGCGUCUCCUCAAAAGAUUUGAAAUCCACAAUCAUGUCCGUAGUCAACUAUGUAUUAGUCUUCACAUUCGUUGCGCUGUGGCACGAUAUCAGUCUGAACUUGUUGGUGUGGGGCUGGCUGGUGGUGUUCUUCAUGAUGCCGGAAGUUAUUGCGGGGAUAUUGUUCCCGAGGAAGAGGUGGGAGGAUAAUCUUACGGCCUAUAGGGUGCUGUGUGGGGUCGGGACGGUGGGGAAUUUGCUGAUGAUGAUGAUGGCUAAUUUGGUGGGGUUUGCGGUUGGGGUGGAGGGCUUGAAGAGUAUUAUUUCGGGCAUUUUUAAGGAUGCUUCUGGUAUGUUUAUUCGUCCAUACCUUUUCCACUUUCUUGAUUACAUGAUGAGCACCGGCUAACAUCUCACAGGCGUUGCAUUCCUCCUCUUUGCCUCCUCGGUCCUCUUUGUAGGCAUCCAGGUCAUGUUUGAAGUCCGAGAGAGCGAGAUGCGAAAAGGCAUUUUCCUGAAGUGCUAAGAUUUGAAGAGAAUGUGUGUAAGAGCAAGCAUAAACAUAAUGAAGCUGUCGAUGGAACUCGGCUGAUCUGAGCCAAAAAAAAUUGGUCCUCUUCAGGAUCACCGUGAUUUGAGAUGAUCGCUUCGUUGUCACGGGGCGGGCGUCAUUCUUCGUGUGAGAAAUCGUACCAUGGCAUUUACUCAAAGCUCAAGACAUCCAUGCACUUCCAAAGUUCCCGUGGAAGUAUCCACAGUCUCUUCAAGUCUCAUUAGUUCUAAGUAUCACAUGGCAAACUUCAGCGCAAUCACAAGCAUCAUAGUACACGACUGUUGAUUUUUUUUUGGCGGGGGGCAAGCGCCUCCACAAUUCCCUAUUUUCUAUGGUUCGUCUCGUUAAUUCGUGAUAAUCCAUCAAGCAGAAAGUCAACACACUGGCAGGAGGUUGAAGGAGAAACGGAAUGGAGUGGAAGAAAUGAAGGCAAACUCCCAAGAAAGACAGCAAGCAUUCUCCAACGAAAAUCCAUGUUCAAGCAAAACCAAGACGCAAGCAAAACUGAAAAAGCAAAGUGAAAGCUAAAUCCAAGAACAACCUGCCAAUAUUACUCGUUAGGAAAUUACUUAGGAAAUUACAUGAUUGUCAAGUUGACGAAAUGGAAACGAGAGAGCGCGCAAACAAUGAACGAAAACAUUUUCCCCCAAGAGAACGUCUGCUUGCAAGGAGAAGUAUGAUGGCGCGCCUCGGAUAUUGGCCAAAAUCGUGCCAUUGAACCCACCAUCUGACGAGUACAUUCGUUCAAUUGCUCCUUCAAUCCUCAGCCGAGGAUAUCAUCCCGGCUUCUUCAAGGUCUGCUGUUAUCAUGGCACCAAAUUCAUCCGAGGCACAGUCGUUCCACUCAGCCUUCUUGGAUAGACAUGGUCUGAAGAUUUCAGCCAGGUCAGUGGCUUUGGAUAUGCGUUCUUCCUUGGAAUGCUGUCGUAGAUGGGGAAAAAAGGCCGGGUCGAAGUGUGAAUUAUGGAACUGCAAUUGACAGAUGGGGCAUGUUGCAAGGCCAUAAAACCAAGUCCGAACAUCCAAGAACUUUUCGAUAGCUUCGUAUCCUUUCGAUCGAUCGAUGAACUCGUGAGAUUUCAUGUGUCUUAGAUCCUCGUAACAAAGGAAGCCGUUUUGACAAAAGCCAAACUCUCUUUCGACUACACUGUGUUCGCAGCCCAGAAAGGCAAGAAGGCAAUUACUGCUGCUCUCAAAAUGAUGUAAUCCGUCACUAAGCGGUGUUUGUCUCCACUGAAAGUGAGCCAGCGAAGCUUCCUCAGCUGCUGUGCAGCAUCCGUUUUGGCUAUGCUCCGUAUUGAGGUGGUCCAGAAGCUCUUGCUGGGUCAACGGACCAAAGCGGCAAGUAUCGAAGAUACAUACGAAAAGGUUUGCAUUGUGAUGCUUUCUCAUGUGCAGUUGGAAAUGAUCCUUUCGAGGAAGUGGCUUAGCGAUCCUAUUGCAUCCAUACACAUGGCAGGAAAAGGCAGCGCUGCGAUUAUGAACACUUUUCUCGUGGCGCUGGAGCUCGUACUUUCGUCGAAAAGUGCGCUUGCAUUCCGGCCGUGAACAUCGCACCCUAGCUUUGAGUGGUGAGGGAACAAUGUUUGCUGAAGAUGUUACCGCAGAAGGUGCAAGGGGUUGGGAGCCAGUGAACUCGCGGGUCCAAACAUUGCUCAUUGACUCAGGCUCCACCUGUUCCAAGGCACUGAGCUGAUUCAGACGUUCCAGGCUAGAAACGGAGUGAUUGAUAGUGUGCUGUCCAACUUGGCUCGACAAUGGCAGUGAAAGAUCGGAAGCAUUGGCCGUGAUUAAAACAUGGCAUUGGAUGGUGUCUUCGGAAUUGAAACCAGUGUCGCCUUCGCUGUUUCUGCAUUUUGCCCAAGAAUUAGCGCGUCUUUUUUUUAACUCACCUCUCACCCGCCCAAUCAUUCAUGAUCCCCAUGCCUUCUCCUGCAUCCAUGGCGUCCAUGUCCAUCCACUGCGACCAAUCGAUAUUGUCGUCAGGGACCAUGGGCUGCAUCGAGGCAGCAGUACCACCCCAAAUGUCUUGUUCGAGUCCUUGGAAGUCGCCCUGAAAUCCGACCUGCAAGUCGCCUUGGUCGUCGCCCUGGAAGUAGCCCUGGAAGUUGAAGUUCGAUUCCAUGAUGUUGAUUGGCGGUCGAAGGUUGUACAGAAAGUGAGGCGUGCUAGCGAGGAUGUGGCUUUUGGAGCGGUGAGGUUUUGUGCGAGGAAGGCUGGCUGUUUGGGUGUGAUUUUGCGUGCGAGAGUGCGUGCUUUGAUGUGUGAAAUGUGCGAGAGGGUGGAAAAUUGGGCUGGGGAUAUGGGUUGUUCUUAUGCUUGGGGUGAGUUGCUGCGGGAGGAUGACACAAGGAGAAGGGCGACGCUAGGAGAUGAAGAAUUGAAGAUGGCUCAGGGGGUGGAUUACACUUGCCUUUCAAAGGUGGGUAAGACCUAUGGCAAGUUUGAUGAGGCUGGGAUUAUUCUUUCCACUUUAUCGGUUCUGAUGAAGGAACAUUCUUUUGUUUCCCGUUGUCAACAUUGGGCGAAGGAAAGUACGGAUCUUGGAGCCUUGUCUACUUGGCAUGUGCUUUCCUUGACCCAGUGGGUAAGGAAUUCGGGUUUUCAAUUAUCAGCACACUAGGUAAGUCAUCUUUGUUAUACUAGACUCUUACUACAAUAAAAUCGUCAGAUUAUGCAUGUUGUCUUCUUCCAAAGAUGCUUGCUUGCCUUGUCAC